AUGGCCAUGGAGUCAUUGGGACACCAGCCACGGCUCGAUAUAGAAGAAACCAUUGAGUGCUGGGAUGAUGAUGGGGAUCUUCAAUUCAACGAGGGUAUCCAGUUUCGGGCCACAUCCAGCGCCGACUCCAAUGCCGGUGACGAAGACUGGCAGGUCUUUCUACAGGAUAACGACGAGUUCUCGAAAGAAGAAGCGCUUGCAUCCGCGAAACAUGCCGGUAUCCCCAUUCCAGCUGAUAUCCCCAGCUCGGCUCUCAUUGGGGGUGCUAUUAAACGUCUAUCUACUCGAAAGCAAAAGCGAACCUUUGUCGACGAUUGGUCCGAAGAUGUGGAGCUUCCAGAUCCAGAUACUGUUCUCGAACUCAGGACUCCGCAAGAUACCACCUUCCCGGAAAGUUUACGGCAAGUAAGCUCGGCCGCUACGAGUCCGAUCAAAACAACGGCCUCGCCAAUCUGGCACGAAGAUAUUUCCACUCGCCUCCAAUCGGCUUUUACGGGUCUGGAACAAUAUCAGGAUGAGAAUGACAGCCCUGUUAAUCAUAACCAUAAUCAGGCCGUGCCGACCAUAAGAUCUCCGGUUCCUCGGUCGCCGCAGAAGAAGUCCAUGAGCGGAGCCAGGGCAAACAAUUUUCAGGAACCAGAGGCCGAUGAUUUCGAUCUUGAGUUUGAACUUCCUCCUGACCACCAGCCUCUUCAGCUAUCCCAUCGGAAACAGCACACAGGCGUUUCUAGUCCAACGCUUGAGGAUUUCGAUUUAGAAUGGUCUGAAGGCAGCAUCGGUGUACGGGUUGGUGGUACUACGAGAGAUGGUCGGUCUGCUCCAAGCUCAUCCAUAUCCAUCGCAAGUCCCAGUGUUUCAAGUUGCAUAACAGGGGGGAGUGAAGAUGACGGACUUGAUGGCAUUGUAUUCCCAGAAGGGCCACUCGAUUUCACGGCCUCUCUCAAGAAACGACAGGAGGUACAAGCCGCCGAUGACUUGGUUCAGCCCAAAGAGACACCAAAGCCUCCACAGUCGUCGGAGGCCGAUGACUUUUUCAGUGGAAUUGAAAUUGACAGCGGCAACGCAUUUUCUUCGGGCAAAUUGGCAUUGAAUCCCAAUGUUAAAUGCAAGACGGAAUGGCCCACGAGCCCAACACGCCGACCCGCCACGACCCUAACCUUCACCAACUCAUCAACAUCUCCACGUACCCGAAUUCCACGGUUAUCGGGUCACGAGCGAACACAUUCAACCCACCUCGAAACCGUUUCUGAGAGUGGCGCACCCCUGUCCAAAUUUAGGAGAUCACAAUCUAGACUCGGCCAUUCGGCCCAAUCCUCAGUGUCCAGUCUUCCGACCUCUACUACGCCCUCCACCUCCCCAACACCUACCCCAUCAUCGACUAGGAGACUUCUUGGGCAGCGACCCUCCAGGGAGCCCGCUCCAGCUGUUAAUUCUAAUACACCGGGCCGGACACUCCGAACCAAGAGGUCGUUGCCAUCAAUUCGAGGAAUCAAGAAUGCGGAAUCAGUACAGGCUUCGCAACGAUCACCAUCCCACCCCGAUGGAUAUAUUCGAUCUUCUUUCGGUAGACCCAAAACACCGGUCGACCGCACCACAGUCAACGACGGAAGACCCUCAAGUCGCAGGCCGCCAGCACCAUUUCUUCCCGCUGGCGCAUCAGAAAGACAAUCACACCAUGCCAGCGUCAAGAGCUACCGGUCCUCACGGCGUACCAACUCGGACGGCUCUAGCGAUCUCUUGAGUCCGACUGGUACAUUCUCACGGCUCUCGCGUUCAAAUCGUUCAGACGGUCACCGCUUGAGUUUAGGAGAAACCAGUACGGACACGAUGUCCCCGUCCGGGAAGCGUACUCUCACCAGACCGACGAAGCGACGUAAUUUUGGAGACGGCACUGAACUGGAGUCCUUCGAUGACCUGCCAACAUCUGUCUCCACAGAAAGCAAAUAUACAAAAAACCCCAUCGGCCGAGGCGCACCUCGAUCUGUGCGUGCCAAACUCAGCCAGAGCCGCAAUACUCCCCCUGCCGAAUCUCCCCGUCCCGGCCAAGGCCAAGGCCAACUUUCCACACCCCCGUCAACUUCAAAACCGCCCACCUCGAUACCUAGAUUUGCCCGUGAUACGAACGCGUCCCGCAAUGCGAGAGAACAACGCAUUGCUUCUAUGGGCAGCAGGAACUUGAACAACCACCGGGAUAGGGAUACGACUCCGCUUUCUUCUUUCAAUUCUAAUUGGAAACCCCAACCGCAACCCAUCUCUCGCCUCUCUCCAAAUGCAGCGUCUGUACGAAGCCGGAAGACUAGAUCGGAUGCCAAAAAUAACUCGAAACCUCACUUAAUUAAGCCCAUGGGGGCUGGUGUCCAAGAAUCGAAGUCCGUGCGAGGCAUGCGGUACAACCCGAACACUUACCGUUGGGAAGGAAAUGAAAAUCUUGUGCAAGAGUUUGACAAUACUGUCGCCUCAAGAUCACCGAAACCCGCGCCCGCCCUUAUUACCAACGUAGGGGCUGUACAAAAUGUACAGACGGUGGGCGGUAUGGUUUUUGACCCCCACCGCAUGUGCUGGCUUCGAGCCAAGUCCCAGUCCAAGGAACCCGCAGCACCUGAGCCUGAUGACGAGGAUGAUGUGUUUGCGGGUCUGGAUGACUUGGAGGACAAAGUUGUUGGAGUUGGGCGAACCUCGACGACGAUGAAUGAUUUGAACCCCUCUUCCACUGGCACUACUGGAGAACCCAGCGCGGGUGAAUCUUCCGACGAAGGACCUAUCACCGAGGAAUUCGAUGUCGGGCCGGAGUUUAUUCGACGACAACGGGCCGAGGAAGAGAAAUGGAAACGCAAAGUGGACAAUUGGGUAGGCUCUGACCGUGACCGCAGUGAUCGUGAAACACAUUGGCGAUGGGCGAUUCGUGACCUGGUGGCCGAUGGUACGGCUUAG